UCUAACAAGAACCUGCCUCCUUCCCCCUCAAUGCCAGAUUCUCUCCUCGCAGGACAGGUGCGCUCUGUGCUUGAGGGCGCUCCUGAUGCCUUACCGAUAUCAGAAUUUCUCGGAAAUGUUGAUGAAUUUGUGCUUGAAUGCUCCUCUUCGCCCGAACCUGAGGUUCUCUUAUUUCACUUGGAAGAAGAGUUCCAAAAGAUCUUCCAUGAAGUUACUGAUUAUUCGUCGCUGUAUCAGACUGAAAUCUUCCUUGCUAUUUUAUAUCAUCUAGAUCCUGUGCUCCCAUCUAUCUCUGUCAUAUCUUGGUUCGAUCUGCUUCUUCGACCUGCACUACGGGAACCGAAAUUACCGACCAUUGCUGUAACUCACGCGAAGGAGCUCAUCAUCGGAGCGCUGCAGAAGACGCAGUCAGGUUAUUCAGAAAUGGUUGGUGACUUUCGACGCCGACUGCUGGAAUUAUAUCUACUCGAUGCGUUCAACGAGAGCUCAGGAGACGACGCUGUUGAGUGGGCUGAGAUUGGCGAGGAGGAAAGAGAGAAACGAACGCGCUGGAAGGUCAACUUGGAGGAUAUUCUGGUGAAGUAUGGUAGCGAACAACCUGAGGACCUUCUCACAGAAGUGGAUCACCAUUUUGCAACACCCUCCUCUCGACUCCAACUUCUAAUGUUUCUGAAUGCCUACACAUCUUCCCCGUCUUUUCCAGACUGUGCUUCAAUCUUUGCACAACACCCAAUCAUGCAACAACUUAUAUAUUCCCUUUAUUUGGAUUAUUCUUCUACUGUUUGUACCGCUGGAAUGACUCUAAUGGUCAAACUUCUUCCCGUAUUUGCUAUCCAUGCGGCUACAACGUUGAAACCGAUACUUCCGAAGCUGUUAGCCAUCUUGGCCAGGAUCAUGUGCUGGAGGGAACGCCCCCCAUCCGAUCCUCAACUUCCGGAAGAGGAGGCCGCUGGCGUGGAUUUCGAUCGCGAAAUCUUAAAGGAAACAAGCCCUAUUCUUCACAUUCGUUCAGACCUCGAAUGGGAACGACUAGAAAUGACAUUUAACACAACGAUUUCGUUUCCUCCUUCACCACGACCUUAUUUCACGACAUUGUAUUACCUCUACCCUUCCAAUGUUCUGAAGUUCCUUAGGAAUCCGGCUCAAUAUCUCGAUGAUGCCUCUGUGAGGAGUCCAUAUACUGUGGCUUGGGCUGAAGCGCUCGAAGAAGAUGAAAUACGACGGCGAAGUGAGAAUUUGUUAAGGGAGCAUUGCUGUCAUCCACUGCUUAUCUGGCGUGACUCUGUGGCCGAACUCUUGCAGCCAGAGUUUUGGGUUCGAUAUGAUAUUUCAAGAAUUGUGAGCGAGGCCGCCAUGCUGGACAUACGCAACCUCGCUUCGGGACUACGGGAGAAAUACAGCCACGCACGCACCACAGAAAAGGGGGUAACUCAAGGGGAUCUGCCAAUUGACCGUCCAAUUAAGGCGGGAUCUCCGCGGUACAUCCCAUUAAUUGACUUCUCUUCCGAAAGAGUCGUCCUUUCACUACAAGACAUGAUCCAGGCAUCCGUGGCAUUAAAAUCCGACAUAGACGUCGAAGUCGUCAAAACAACAUCUCAGUGGUCUCAACAUUUUUUUACAGCCGAAACGUCAGAACUCAUCCGGACGCGGCCCUCAUCUCCAACCAGCGAGCAAAACCAGACACAUGUUGCACAAGCAAUCUCAAGGUUGCAACGAGACCGCCUUCUCCUCCUGAACGAGCUUAAUUUUGAACUAUGGCUAUCAAGAGAGAACGCGAAACACAUUGCGCGUCUUUAUCAAGAUCGAAUUCUGAUGAAAACUGCAGAAACGGAACGGCAAGGUUUGUAUAACAAGCUGCGAAAAUAUCGAGCGCAAGUCAUUAGCCUCGAGAAAGAAUUACAAGAACACAAGCGGCUAGCCUCGUCUGCAAAAAACAAAUAUGUUGACUGGAACGCGGAGUUGCAGAAAAAGCUGAAGGAGCUUCGGGACGAAAAGAAGAACUGGGUUUCUGAGGAGGCCACUCUUCGUCGUGCGGAGAAAGAGACCCAGGCUCGUUUUGCCGCACAGGGAAAACUGUUGGGUGAGGCAACGAAUAAAGUUUUUCAGCUUCAAACACAGAAGAAGGAAAAUCAGCACAAAAUAGACCGACUGAAAGAUUACGAACAACAAAUUGAGCAACAUGUCAAGAUCCAACGACUAUGGGAUGAAGAUUUCCACAAGUUCAACGAACGCGGACAGGAAGCGGAGAUCAUGAAGAGUCAAUACAGGCAAAUGGAGAUUCGACUUGAAAGUUUGGAAAGGACGCAAGCCGAAAUGGACGAUAAUGCACGCGUGUAUCGUCGAAAAAUCAUGACACUGGAAGCUCAAUUAGUUGAGGAGAGGAGAAUAUCAACUCCGCGACACUCCCCCGCAUUAGAAAUCACCAAUUUUGCUUCGGAGAAAGCUGCGCUGCUAUCGGCAAACAAAAAGGCCAAGGAUGAGAAUUCAAAACUCAAGGAUGAGGUUGAGGAGCUCAGAGAGAUGGUUGAGCUUUUGAAAGGGAAAUGCAGCGGGCAAAAGGGAAUAAUUUAUUAGUCCUGUGUUUUUAGUCCAGCGUUUUUCCAGAACAUUCGAUCAGCCGCCCGCGACUUCUUCCUAAAAA